AUGGCUCCUCCUGAAGGGACUCCCGUGGUGGACGCUUCUGUCGCGGGUCAGCAUGGCAAGAAGCCAACGGAGAUCCGUCCUGAGCCGGUCACCCCGAAAACGCUUUUCAAUGGCGCGACGGCUUCGCGUGGUGAUGACGCUAUCAACACACUGACAGCGCGUACGUCGGCGUUGCGUAUCAACGAUCUGCAAGAGGAGAGCGGAAAGUCAAGCAGCCAUAAGGAAGAAGGCAAGGUAUCGGUUGCUCCGCCUGCAAGCUCAAGCGCGGUGGAAAACGGGAAGGCUAAGGUCCAGGAGGAGGAUGAAGACGGCGGUUACCUGAGCGACGACCCGGAUGAGUGUCAGGACCCAGUUGUGAUGAAUGACAUUGCGGCUCAAGCAGGGGUCGCCAUCACGCUGCUGGUUCCCUUCGCCUGGAGUAAGGAGAUUCCGCGCAUCAUUGGAACGGUCUAUCACCUGCUGAGGAUGUGGGGGAAACACAUGUCGGAGAAUGCAAGCGCAACGACAAGAUGUCAGCAACUCACGGCUACUUUCCUCUCGAAGCAGCACUUCGGUCGAGUCGAGGUGGUCUUCCUGCAGGAGGCUGACGCCAAUUUCAUGCGCGGAAGGGAGAUUGAACAUUACACGGUGAAUGAGAAGAAGUCAACGCUUGGUUGGCUGCAUCCGGAAAAUAAGGAGUACCUGAGAGAGCGUGCGGCUCAUCCUGAGGCGAUUGAAGUCCUGCUGAAAGGGGUCCCGGCGGUGAUCUCACCGGCGAUGGUCAAGAAGAACCUGGUGACUGCGGUGCUGUUGAAGAGGGGUCGUACUGCUUUCCUGGAUGGGUCGGCGUUUCACCGGGUGCUGGAUCCGAUUUCGGGAUCAGACACGGACAAUAUUAAGGGCCUGGUGUUCAGGCAUCCGGGGGAUAAGUAUAAGUGGUGGCACAAGGCGGUUGAGAAGAUUUGA